AUGAUUCAAGUGGAGAUCAAGAAGAGAUCUAGAGUGCCUGGGGUUAUGAUCACCCAGUACGUCAAGGAACUGCCACGUGGAAAAACUACACCUGAUUUCAGCAGGAAGCCAAUCACCUUGACAGUUCAAGAAGGCAAGGUGGCCAUUUUUAAAGCAAUGGUAAGUGGAGAUCCAACACCAACUGUAACAUGGGCUCGCAACAAGGGUGACACGUCUGAUCCAGAAAAAUAUAAGACAAGAUAUAAUGAAAGGACUAGAGAGCAUGCUCUAGAGAUACUAAAUGUCCAAGUAGACCAAGCAGACACGUACAAAUGCUUUGCUACAAAUCCAUUUGGAAAAGCAGUGUGCACAGCUGCAUUGAGUGUAUUUUCAGUUGGAUUCAAGAAAAAGAAAACUGAUGGCCAAACCAAUGAUCCUGAGGACUUCAGGAAAAUGCUUAAGAAAACCAAUACUGUCAAGAAGAGAAAAGAAAAACCCAAGAAAGAGGGAGAGAUUGAUCCAAAAUUCUGGGAACUGAUGCUAAGUGCCAAAAAGGCAGAUUAUGAGCGCAUCUGUCAUGAAUUUGGAAUCACCGACUUUCGCUGGAUGUUAAAACAGCUUAAUCUGAAGAAAAAGGAGAAGGAGGAUGAACAAGCAAAGGUGGUUCAAAACAUUGACAACAUGAAGCAGAUUGAAGUAAAGACAAGUGGCAGAGCUGAAUUUGAGUUUGAUAUGAAGCUUAAGGACCAAAACAGUAAUAUGUAUUUGUACAAAAACGGUGAAAUGAUUGAUUAUGGUGAUGGCACUGAUGAUUCCUCUAAACAUAAUAUGAAGAAAACUGGUGAUAAGUACAAGUUUAGCAUCAACAAUCUUGACUUAGAUGAUAGUGGACUUUACCAAGUGGAUGUUGAGGAUGUCAACAUUUUCUCAACAACCUUAGCAAUUCCUGAUGUGGAAUUCGAUGGUAUGCUAAAAGAUGCUAAAGUGGUUGAGGGGCAGGAUGCAGUGUUUGAGGGAGUUUUUUCUGGUCCUGUACCACAAAUCACAUGGUGUGCCAAUGACAUCUCUCUUGAGCAUGGAGACAAGUACAAUAUCACAGUCUCUGAAGACAAGCUCAGCCACAGAUUAGUAGUAAAGAACUGUAGCCAAGAGGACAAGGGCGUGUACACGGCUAUUGCUGGGAUUAAAUCAUCCAGGGCCACCCUUGCUGUUGAUGAGGAUCCUAACGCCAGGGGGAAAAGUCGAGGUGGUGCAAUGGAUGGAGCAGGUGAUCUUGCAAGACGUCUGGCAGAAGAACAGGCAAGAGUGCAGAGAGAAAAAGAUGAAGCAGCUAGGAGUGGAAAGGGUACAGAUGGGAGUGGUGAUGGAGCGGAUGGCCAUGAUGGAACUGAUGGCCAUGAUGGAACUGAUGGCCGUGGUGACGCAGCAGAUGGUCGUGGUGAUGGAGUGGAUGGUCGUGGUGAUGAAGGGGAUGGUCAUGGAGGACUUGGCUUGGGAGACGGAAGUGGAGGAAAUGCAACAGGGAAGUACGAACGAGGAGGAGAGGGUACAGAAGGAAGUGGAGAGGGUGGAAAGGGUUCUGGAACGGGUUUGGGAGCAGAUGGAUCAGCGGUUGGAUCUGGUGGAGACGGUACAGUUAUUAUAAUUCAUUCAAAUGCAUUCGUUCCAGAUGAUAAAGUGCACUUCGCAAGCGGAUUAUCAGACAAAAAUGCCCUCCGCGGCAAACCUGCAGAGCUAGUGUGUAAACUAAAUACUGACAAAAUUGAUGGUGUGUGGUAUAAAGAUGGAAAGAAGCUGACUUCCAAAGAUGGAGUGGUCAUCUCUAAAGAUGGUUGUACACAUAAGCUCAUUAUAAAGAACUGCAAUGAUUCUGAUGCAGGUCUAUAUCAUUUUGAGGUUAAUGGUCGCAAGACAGAGGCCAUGGUGAAAGUGGGAGAUCUUCCAGAAUUCGACCCAGACGCUUUGCAAAAGUUCUCUAACCCUGUGAUAGUGAAAGCAGGCCAGAGUGCAUCUUUUAAGAUGGCAUUUCCUCCACAAGCCUCAUUGGAGAUUAAAUGGUUUAAAAAAGGCUCUGAGCUUCAUGAUGGGGGUUCAGUUAAAGUGGUGAAGGAAUCAAAUCACAGUCGUCUUCAAAUGAAAGACUGCCUGCGAUCGGAUACUGGUCAAAUCAAAAUCCAGCUAAAAAACUCUUUUGGUUCUAUUGAGGCUUUAUCAAGUCUUAUUGUACUAGACAAGCCAGGUCCACCACGAGGCCCACUAGAAGUGAAUGAAAGCACAUCUGCAGUCCUUGAAUUGAAAUGGAAUCCCCCGAAGGAUGACGGUGGCUCAGCAGUAACAAACUACAUAAUUGAGCGUCAACAGGUUGGGCAGAGUACCUGGAAAAAGAUUGGGGAUAUUUCAGCUAACCAUCUAACCUUCAGAGAUAGAAGCGUGUCCCUUGGCAAGAGGUACAUCUAUCGCAUCUAUGCUGAGAAUCUUGAGGGCAUCAGUGAGGCGAUGGAGAGUGAAAAAAUCAUGGCUGGCUCAUUAAUGUUCCCUGGUCCACCAUCCCCACCGAAAGUGGUCAGUGCGUUCAAAAACUGUAUUAACCUAACAUGGACUCCACCAGAGACAGACGGAGGGAAUACAAUCUUGGGCUACCAGCUAGAGAAAUGCAAGAAAGAUACAAACCAGUGGGUGACUCUGAACCCAGUUAGUGAACCUAUCAAAGCUCUGAAGUAUGCAGUGAAGGAUGUGUCUGAGGGGUCAGAGUACGAGUUCAGAGUAACAGCCAUUAAUAUGUCUGGGGCUGGAGAACACAGUGCUCCCUCUGUGAUGGUAUGCGCUAAAAACCCCAACAUGAAGCCCCAUUUCAAAGAUCCUGAAGACUUUAUGGUCGUGAGGUCAGGAUAUUCUAUCAGAAUCAAAAUUGAUUAUGAGGCCACUCCACCACCAGACAUUACGUGGCUUAAGAAUGGUGAACCUGUAUCUCCCUGGAACAAGAUCAUUCAUUCUGAUGGCACGUGCACACUUGUCGUACCCUCCUCAAAGUACGACGAUUCUGGUGUCUACACCAUUGUGGCUAAAAACACAAUGGGGCAAGCCAGCUUUGACAUAGAGGUCAGAGUAACAGAUGAACCCAAGCCUCCAGGCCCAGUGGAGCUAGAACAGGUGGUUUAUGGUAAAGUCAUUAUCAAGUGGGGUCUGUCUCCAGACCACGAGAGAGAUGACCGACUGCACUACAUGGUGGAAGAACAUAACUCCAACGCACGCAUUUGGCGCACAAUAGCCGACCACCUACUCUGUACUACCUACACUACCAGCAUUCAACCAGGUCAAGAAUAUCACUUCAAAGUCUAUGCAAAAAAUGAUAUGGGACUUUCUGAUCCUUCAGAUUCACCAACGUGGGGCGUAAACAGCAAUAAAGUUGUAGCACCCUCAACUGUGCCACCUGUAAUCAGUUUAGAAAGGCCACCUUCCAUCCUGGUUCCACUGAAAUACCACACUCCACCAAAAGGAUACCAGUGCUACAUGACUUGUGCUGUACGCGGCUGCCCCAGCCCAUAUAUUGCAUGGUACCAUAACGGGAUUUGCAUCAACUCAGACAAAAACUACUACAUCACAAAUGCAUUUGGUGUCUGCUCCAUGUACAUCCUCAGAGUUCGCCCUGAAGAUAGUGGCGAGUACAAAGUGGUGGCAGUCAACUCAUUUGGCAAGGCAGAAUGUUCUUCAACAUUAAAAGUGAAAGCCUUCCCUUAUCCUGCUACAGGGGGUGGUGCUGAGACGCAAGGGUAA